AUGUUUUUAAAUCUUCCAACAAAUUCUUCAACAAAUAAUUUUUAUAAUUCACAAUUUUAUUCCAAUGCUCUUCGAAAUCAUUUUCUCAAUCCAUUUCUUCUUCAACCAUUAAUUCCUCCAACAAAACCGACGAAUUCAUUAUGUUUAUCUAUUCAAAAUGAAUCUUCAUCACCAAUUAUGAUUUCAUCACCUCGAUCAACAACAACAACAACAGCAGUACAAAAAAAUAAUUCAAUCGAUGAUCAUGAUCAAGGAUCAAAUCUAAGCGAUGAUGGAAGUAGUAAUGAUCGAGAUAGUAAACGAAGACGAACACGAACGAAUUUUACAAGUAUUCAAAUUGAUGAAUUAGAACGAGCAUUUCAAGAUGGUCAUUAUCCAGAUGUUUAUAUGAGAGAAGCAUUAGCGAUGAGACUUGAUCUAAUCGAAUCACGUGUUCAAGUUUGGUUUCAAAAUCGACGAGCUAAAUGGAGAAAAAUGGAAAAUACAAAGAAAGGUCCAGGUCGUCCUCCACAUAAUGCCCAUCCAACAACAUGUUCAGGUGAUCCAAUUUCAGAAGAAGAAUUAGCGAAAAAACGUUUAGAAGCUGAAGAAAAGAAACGUCGAAAACAAAAUGAAAGACAACGUCGACAAGAUGCAAAGAAAUGUUCUAAUCCUCAUACAUCUUCGGAAAUAAAUCAAACAAUUUCGAAUUCGUUUUCUUCAUCUUCUUCAUCAUCAUCUUCCUCAGAAUUAUCUUCAAUAUCUCCUGCAACAAAUAAAUGUUCAUAUUCUAUUGAAAGAAUUUUAUGUCAAACUUUAUCAUCAAAUCAGAAUUUGAAAAGAAAAUUAAAUAAUCAUUCAUCACCAAAUAAAUUAAAUCGUACUGAUGACGGUAAAGUUCCUCAACUAUCAUAA